UCGGUUACACAGGGCGAUCUUGCACUGACAGUUUUUAUGAAGACAAAUAUGCUCAUGGAUGUGUUUGAUGAAUGAAAACUUUUUUUGAAAUUAUUUUACUUUGCUCUACGCAAGUAGUUUAUCAAAUUCAUAUUCAUUUACCUUCAACUGGUAUAUCAUUCACCUCGCAAAACGACUUUCGAAAAAUGUUUGACGUUCAGUGAAUCUUGGAACAUCAUAAUAUUGGAAGUUUGUAAACGGAAUUUCAAAAAUCGUUGCAAUAAAUCAUACCACAACAAUAUAAAUGUCUGGACUUCUUUAACUAUCUGUCUGGGCGGAUGAGACAAGCAGGAAACAAAGACGGAUGAUACAAGCGUGAAAGAUUCCGAGAGAUUGCGGAAAACAGUGUGACGCCAGCAAAAGAUGGCGUCAAUUGAACCAGAUCAAAGUACAAUGAGCGACGAGCUAGAUAUUUGAUUGUGCAAGCCUUGUAUAGAAUCCAAAAGAGAUAGUAAAGCUGCGUUGUAUUGCAAGGAGUUUGAUAAGUACCUUUGCGAAGAAUGCUACAGUAAUCAUCAAAAAACAGACGAUGAACAUGUUACACGAUACUGUUGAUGUUAUGGAAAAGAUUGCCAUAAUUUAUUGCGACCCAUGUAAAGAAGGAAACAUUGACAAGACUGCCCAGUUGUUUUGUCCAAUUUGUGACGAAUACCUUUGCGACGAUUGUGUUGAAACUCAUAAAAUGAUGAAAAAGACAAAAACGCACGUUCCGAUCGCGAAAGAACUUGUUGAAGAACAAUCCAAACUGUCCGACGAAACAUUUGUAGAAUGCGAACCUUGUAUACUAGGCAAUAAGCGACAAGAUGCCAAGAAGUUUUGCCAUGAAUGUAACGAAUAUCUCUGCGCAAGUUGUGUCAUUCUUCAUCAGCGCACAAAAUUGACAAAAACUCACCUGCCGAUCGCGCUAGAACUUGUCGAAGAGCAAUCCAAACAGUCCGACGAAAUAUUUGUAGAAUGCGAACCCUGUAAACUAGGCAAUAAGCGACAAGACGCCAAGAAGUUUUGCCCUGAAUGUAACGAAUAUCUCUGCGAAAGUUGUAUCAUUCUUCAUCAGCGCACAAAAUUGACAAAAACGCACUUGCCGAUCGCGCUAGAACUUGUUGAAGAGCAAUCCAAACUGUCCGACGAAAUAUUUGUAGAAUGCGAACCCUGUAAACUAGGCAAUAAGCUACAAGACGCCAAGAAGUUUUGCCUUGAAUGUAACGAAUAUCUCUGCGAAAGUUGUAUCAUUCUUCAUCAGCGCACAAAAUUGACAAAAACGCACUUGCCGAUCGCGCUAGAACUUGUUGAAGAGCAAUCCAAACUGUCCGACGAAAUAUUUAUAGAAUGCGAACUCUGUAAACUAGGCAAUAAGCGACAAGACGCCAAGAGGUUUUGCCCUGAAUGUAACGAAUAUCUCUGCGAAAGUUGUAUCAUUCUUCAUCAGCGCACAAAAUUGACAAAAACGCACUUGCCGAUCGCGCUAGAACUUGUUGAAGAGCAAUCCAAACUGUCCGACGAAAUAUUUAUAGAAUGCGAACCCUGUAAACUAGGCAAUAAGCGACAAGACGCCAAGAGGUUUUGCCCUGAAUGUAACGAAUAUCUCUGCGAAAGUUGUAUCAUUCUUCAUCAGCGCACAAAAUUGACAAAAACGCACUUGCCGAUCGCGCUAGAACUUGUUGAAGAGCAAUCCAAACUGUCCGACGAAAUAUGUGUAGAAUGCGAACCUUGUAAACUAGGCAAUGAGCGACAACGAGCCAAGAUGUUUUGCCAUGAAUGUAACGAAUAUCUGUGCGCAAAUUGUGUCAUUCUGCAUCAGCGCACAAAAUUGACAAAAACUCACUUGCCGAUCGCGAUAGAACUUGUCGGAGAGCAAUCCAAACAGUCCGACGAAAUAUUUGUUGAAUGCGAACCUUGUAAACUAGGAAAUAAGCGACAAGACGCCAAGAAGUUUUGCCCUGAAUGUAACGAAUAUCUCUGCGAAAGUUGUGUCAUUCUGCAUCAGCGCUCAAAAAUGACUAAACGGCACGCGCCAGAAAAUUUUGAAAAUCUUCAAAAAGGGUCAUCUUUAAGUAAGCACUUUUGUAAUCCUUGCUCUGGUGAGAGUCAAAAGGAGGCUGCAAUGUUUUGUGAAACAUGCAAAGAAUAUCUUUGUGAGCACUGCGUAGCUUACCAUAAAAAGCAAAAGGCAACAAAAGCACACAUCUUAACGUCCGAUCUAGGCAUCGGAGAUACAGAUAGAGACAAAGACAUCCCCUGUGAGAUUUGCAUGCUUACAGAGACAUUUUCUCUCUCUGAAAACUUUUGCGUCGAAUGCGAAGAGCAUCUUUGUAAACAAUGCACAGAAGUUCAUCUGAAAAGAAAGACUACCAAAAAUCACCAGAUAUCAAAGAAGAAUAAAGAAAUAAAGAUAUCCAAUGUCGUAGACUGCACUGUCUGUCAAGAUGUCGGCUUUAUGUCAAAAGCAGUAAAAUACUGUCGUGACUGUAUUGAAUAUAUGUGCGAAAAUUGCAUGGUGAUGCAUCAAAAAAAUAAAUUAAUGAAAGUCCACAAUUUGAUCACCAGUGAGGAAAUGAAAGAAACGGCAUGUGAGACUUGUGAAAAGUGUGAUGCUGUGGCUUAUUGCAUAAAAUGCGAUGAAAUGCUUUGCUGGAAAUGCAGAACGCUGCAUAAUAAAACGAAGAAAUACAACGACCAUGAUCUGGCUCCAAUAAACAUAUGCUUUUGCGAUGAAACCAGUUUGUAUUGCAAACCAUGUGAAGAAAGAGACAUUCAAGAAUUGGCCUGUGCAUUCUGCCUUGAUUGCGACCGUGAACUUUUUUGCUCAAAAUGCGCGAGGAAACACAAAGCUAGAAAGAAAACACGGAGCCAUUAUGUGGUUAUGGACAUUGCGAAACUUCAAGGAGAAGAAAAGAAAGAUGAUGCCCAAAGGCAUUGUUUAAUGGACGCCGUUUUCCUGUAUAUGGCUGCUGUUUGUAGCCAUUCUAAAUAUACUGUCGACAUAGAAAAGGCAUAUUUAAACUUUUGAUAACUGCUCGUUUACCUUACUUUAGUAAGUAUACAUACAUUCAAUGCUUUUUCAGCCACAAGGACGUGUCCAAAAGUAUACAUCGUUGAGUACAAGCGUCGCCGAAAGAAAACGAUGAAAACACCCGGCCGGGAAAGCCGGUAUCAAUUGAGGCAGGAUCUGAUUUCAUCGUUUUAUCGUGGGAUCCGCCAGCGAACUUUCAGGAUGGAAAUUACUACCAAGUUUCAAUGAAAGAUGUCAAUCAAAACAGCAAAUGGAAGUUUUAUAACAAAGAGUUCACUACCGCAAAUGGUAAAAUAGAAGAUAUAAAGUCCAACACGACGUUUGUAUUUAGAGUCAGAGUUGUCCACGAGCAUGGGGAAGGAUCAUACAGCCCAGAAAGCGACUUCAUUAUAACAUUUCAUUCCACAGCUUCGCGAAUAGUCAAAUUCUCUACCAAAGUGGACGGCCAAAACCCUACAACAUAUGCUUUACCCGUGACUGAAAACAGAACGGCGCGAGAUGAAACUGCAAAAUCAAGACAUUUUUGGCUUGGAUCACCAUCAUUAGUUAAGACAAAUGAGAGAACGAUCAUGUUUUUUGGAGCAUUUGGAACUGGAAAAAGCACGCUGGUUAAGGGGUUUGUAAACUACAUACUUGGCGUAAAUUGGGAUGACCCUUUCCGAUUCACAAUUAUUGACUUGGAAGACGAAGACAAACAGAGGGAAACUAACCAGGCACAAACAGAGUGGAUAACUCGGUAUACCAUUUUCCCGGAGAAGGGUAGCAGGGUACCCUACUGCUUGCAUUUAAUUGAUACCCCAGGGUUUGGCGAUACAAGAGGGCUUGAAAGAGAUCAGGAGAUAGUUGAGCAAAUCCGACAACUCUUUUCUGCAAAGAAACCAAAGGGGGUCUGUGAUAUCGAUGCGAUUUGCUUUCUGAUAAAGGCGCCUGAUGCUCGCUUAACGGCUGCCCAAAGCUACAUCUUUCAGUCGAUUAUGUCGCUUUUCGGAAACGACAUUGAAGGGAACAUUUGCUCGCUGAUAACUUUUGCUGACGGCAUUUAUCCCCCAGUUCUCGCAGCGUUGAAAGAAACCAACCUUCCGUUUGGAGAGUAUUUUACAUUUAAUAACUCUGGCCUGUUUGCACGUAAUGUAGGCCACACAAGCUUGGCACCAAUGUUUUGGGAUAUGGGAAUCAAAAGCUUUCAGCACUUCUUUUCUCAUCUUGAGCAAGGGAAACCAAAAAGUCUUCAACUUACAAGGGAUGUCCUCGACGAAAGAUUCAGACUUGAACAAACCGUGAAGAAUCUACAAUCACAGCUUGAUAUUGGCCUUCUGAAACUAAACCAAAUGAAACAAGAAAUAGCUGUCAUCGACAGAAACAAAUCAACAAUAAAAGACAAUGCAAAUUUUAUGUAUGAAGUUAAUGAGACUCAACAAAAGAGAAGGGAACUUCCACCUGGUCAACAUGUUACCAAUUGCACCCAUUGUCAUUUCACUUGCCACGAAAAUUGUGACAUUCCAGAUGACGACAGAAAAAAAGGUUGCACAGCUAUGGACGGUAAUGGCUUCUGCACUGUUUGUCCAGACAAAUGCAAAUGGGACAAGCAUGCUAACACACCAUUCAUAUUUGACUACGUCACUGUCAAAGUAAAGAGAUCCUACGCUGGCAUGCAAACGAAAUACCAAGAAGCUACAGGAAAGUGUUUGACUCAAGAGCUGGUUGACAAAAAUAUGGUCAAAGAGCUCGAUGACAUAAUUGAUGGCAUUGAAUUUCUUAUGACUACAGUGAAGGAGUGUAAUAAAAGAUUGAGCGCAAUUGCCUUGUGGCCGAACCCUUUGUCUAUGACUGAACACAUUGACUUGAUGAUUGAAAACGAAAAGCUUCUGAAGAAGGACGGAUUCCUUGAAAGAAUCCACACAUUGAACGAAUGCAGAAAGAAAGCACUGAUUAUGUCAGAUGCCACGAAGUUUACGGAAGAGGCACAGACAGUCAUGCGCAAUGCAGGGGUAAAGAAGAAAUCCGAAACCCAGAUAGCCUGGAAAAAAUUUGCAAUGUUGUUCAAAUAAAACGAAAUACCUUAAGGUGAGGAUUGAAUGCAACAAUUUUGUCAACAAUUUUACUGAUGCAACUAAAUAUUAUAUUUCAGCUCUAAACGAUGGGGCGAUAUAUUACAUGCGUUUGAGCUUACUGGUCUUAUUUAGAUUUCCCUGUUUUUAUUUAUAUGUGAACAACUGCAGUAUCAAUACAAAACAUGGUACAUCAUAUGCAGAAGAAAAACAACAGCAAUAUUUUCAAAUAACAUCUGAUUUAAUGUUUCAUGUAUGGUUAUUUCUUGUUAGGCCUUGCCAUGUUAGGUUUUGAAUUGUUGUGCUCAAUUUUAAUAUAUAUAAAACGUGUAGGGGGGGGCAUAAAUAAAGGUUAAGGUUUCGGAGAAACAUACUGGUGUUUAAUGUUUUGUUGUUGAUGUUUGUUUGUUAUUUGUUCCUAUAAAAAAAUCGCUUAUGUAAAUGGAAAACUAUUUUUUUUUGUAUGAUGCCUAUUUCACAUUAGCUUUUUAUACGUAUUUGCAAGUAUUUUUCAAAUUUAUGAAAGUUUGGUAUAACAUGGCGGUAUAUUGAACAGAGAAUGAAAUUAAUUAAUAGAAGAAUAAAUUUUAUGAUGCUAUAUCUACUACUAGUAACUGUGCUUACUCCAAAUAAAACUGUUAAUAGAUCAAGUUCAACCAGAAAAUAGAUUUUUAGGUAAUUCCACAUAUCUAGUAUUAUAAUGCACUCUAAAACAUGUAGUUUAUUGUUUCUUCAUUGCUGGAGGACAAGUCGCAUUGGCUUGAGUUGGAUAUUUUGCAUUUGAACAAAUAUCUGAUUAUAGUCAUGAUUAUAUUUAUUUGAACUGAAAUGCUUGUAUCAAAUGUAUCUAUCGAAGGUAUAUCCUUCCAAUUUAACUCCUUGUAAAAACGAAUAUCCCAUUUUUUGUGCUUUAAUUCUUUAUAAUUAUUUUUAAUCUGGGAUAUAUGUUGUAUGUAAUAUUUGUUUUGUUCGAGCAUUAACGUAUAUUCUACUGAAAUUGUAAUAUUUGAAGAUAGGAGAUCAUUGUUCAUAUAUUGUGGUAUAUUGUUAGUCAAUUGUAAAUGUUUUAGGCUUUAUCAUAUCAGGUAUAGUUUUGAAGCUGAUCAGGAUGAGCUGUGUCAGAUGAAUGAUUGUACCGAACCUUGGGAAGCAAGGCAUUGUAAUGGUUGUGAAGGAGUUAAAGAAAUGAAACCAUUCAUUUUGGUUUAUAAAAAACCUUUUAUCCAUUAACACACAUGUAGUUACUAGUUUAAUCUAGGCUUAACAAAGCGUUCUAGUCAAUGAGCUAAUAAAAGCAAGAUCAUAAUGCCUUUUAAAAACGAAGAAACGGUCAAUUUAUACUGCCCCAAAAAAGCAAUUUCGAGGGUUUUCGCACUUCAAAGAGCGUUAUUUAAGGAUACGAUUUAAUCGGCCGUUGGUUCCGAAACCAAUGCAAACUCUACAUGUAUCGAUCAUAAGGGUGUCUGAGCCCGCCCACGAGCCACUCUGUUCCACGUUAAUACGUCAACGAAUACGUAUAAUAUAAUAAUAAUAUCAGCUUGAGCUAUGAAUACACUUCAUUGACCAUUGGAUAAAAGGAGGUUACUUCUUACUUUGGUUAUUUCGGAAUUAUUCUAUUACGUGCUCUGGUUUGGAAUAAACAAAACAGAAAAAAAGGAGAAAAUUGCAAAGAUAUGUAUCAUGGGUUUAGGUUGUUUACAAAUAUUUUCCAUUUGUUAUUGAUUGCAGUCUGUGUAUCAUUGAAGUGUUGUUAUUUAAAAUAGACAAAUAAGGCUUUUUUGCGGCGAGUAUUGCAUUAUUUUUUAAAACGUUUGGAACUUAAAACAUGUUUGUGAUGUCAUCAAUUGUUCUUUUUGUACUCUAGAUUGGUUAUUGGACUGCGUUCCGUACUUUAUUUUUACUAACUUAACAAUAUCUGAAGAACGAACUAUCGACUAUAUUAAUAAUUGACAGUCAUUUUUUAAUAAUGGAUAGUCAGUAGAAAUAUUAGUAUAGUGUGAUUAUCGUACUAUAGAAUCAAGACGUGUGUUGACAAAAUUGUCUUUCUUGUAAAUGCUUUCAAACUUAUGUAAAACUAUGCACUUAUUUCAGGAAAUUAAUUCAAAACCUUUUUUUAUUAAGGUGUAGUAAAUAAUCAUAAAAAUGUUGAUUGUUAAAAAAUGCGAUUUUUGGGUUUUAACAAGGAGUUACUCAACGAAGAUGUGGCUGAGGUUUGCGCAGUCUUUAGGGAAAUGAAAAUUGUUUAUUUGUUGAAUAUUCCUCAAAGGGAAGAAAAUAGAAAACAAAGUUUCCAAUGAUUAUGUCUUUUGCACUUGCAAUAUAUCCAUAAAAGUUGAUUUUUUUCACAAUUUAAAUGUUUAUAAGCGCAACAUUAUUUUGAUUUGCGUAAGAGAUUAACGUUUCAAUGGUGUGACAGUGUCCAAUACGUUAACAAUGACGCCAUGCAAUUCAUGAUUUGGACCUUGUUGUUUACAUGUUCUAAGUGUUCUAAGUAAGUGAAACGCCCUCAUCUGUCCAUUAUGCGCGCUUCGGACUGAUCUUAUGGACAGUUUUCGACUUUUCACCGUUGCAUAUACAGUACGUGUCGAAUUUACUCAUAUUUGUUUUAAAUUGAUUUAUGAUAUUUAAAUAAAGUAAAACAAACGGAAAAAAGUAAUCAAGCAUUUUCAUAACUGUAUUCAUGUCGAUCUUUUGAGAAAUAACAUAGUAUAUUGGUUGAGUACCUAAAUCGGAAAACCUUCGCCACUAUUUUUGAAAUAUUUCUAGCUAGACUUGCACCAUAACUACAAACUUUUCCAUCAGCAUACUAGAGCUCAAGACCAACUGGUUGAUUUAAAUGGCAUUAUUCAAGAUACUACCAAUAUGCAUGAAACGUAUUUGAUUAACCGCACAGUCAAGGACUGCCAUUUUUGUCAUCGGAGUACUUAAAUAUGGAACAGUUUUAAUUUGUUGUUUGUUUUUAUGUAUUAUUUUAAAAUUAUUGCUCCAUAUUUCAUUCAAGUUAAUUAAUAGUGUAUGCUAUUUCCAGCUUGUUUUAUUUUGUCAUUUUUGUAAGUAAAAUUUGAUGAUUUCAGUAAAAUACAGGAUGUACCAGUAUGCUAUGAUUGUGGCAAGCAUAAAGUCUUUUCCCCGAGUGCUAUGUAUUGACAUUUGAACCUGAAAAACUUUAAAUGAUAGCAGUUGAAAUUCUUACUGGAGAAUCAUUUUCUUUAGAAGUUGUAUCUAAGGCAAGAGUCUUUAUUGAUUAAAAUCAUAAUUAAACUGAUCUCGAUUGGAAAAAACAGUUUUAUAAUGGGUGUUCCAUAUUUAGGUACUGUUCCGAUUUAGGUACUCACUCAGUAUAGAUAAUUAAGAAAUAACAGAACGAAACUAUUCAUUUUCACAGUCUUUCCAAUGAAUUUUAUUACAAAGUGCUCUGUAUUUUAACAUAUUUCUGUUAUUUUCUUGUUGAAUGUUAGUGUUUGGUGUGCUGUUGAGUAGCUGUUUUAAUAUUGUUUCUAUUCAUAUGAUUUGAAUACAAUUAUAAAUGUAUAAUAAAUUAAAUAUUAUUUUAUUUAUUUCUCUAACACAGAGAGUUUAAUAAUUAUGUAACACUGUGAGUUUUUUUUUAUUUGAUCGUCUCCUUUAUUCUAGCCUAUUGUAGAAAUCAGAAAUGACACAAUGUUAACCUUUCCGCCGAACGUGAACUCACUUGGAAUCAAAGAAAGACAAAAUGAUGUAUGCGAUAAACUAAGGAAAUGUUCUCAUUUGGUUUUAAAUAUUUGAGCAUGACAUAUAUUCAUACUAUUUAUAUAUGUAUAAUAGUAUAAUUAAGUUUAAAUCAGGAAACUUACAAGGAUUACAUCCCUUCCUCGGUGAAUAUGAACGACUCUAACCUCUACAUACAAAAACGAACUGUUAAAAAAAUGCUUCCUUAUAAAACUUUUUAAUUCCAUACGCAUCGCAGUCUCUGUUUUGUUACAUCGAUUGUUCAAAUCCCGUUUCUACCUUAAACUGUCGUGAUCAUUUAACAGUUCUAUAAAUUUAACAAAAGAUGAAAGAAGUUCUUAUUUAUUCAUGUAUCAUAUUAGUUAUUUCAUAUCGAUGUAUCUUUUUCCUAUAAAAUAUAAUUGUAACCAGUGCUUUGUGUGUGAAUGGCUGCUUGUAUUUUGUUAGUUAUACGAAGGCCAUAUUGUAUUUGUUUCCUUUGUGCUAUUGGAUAAAUAACACUUAUUCUUCUCGAAAAUAUUGAAAACAUCAAUUAAAUAAUUUAACCAGCUGAAUAAAUUUGUCUGUUUUUUUUCAAUCAAAGGCUAUGCUUUAGAGUAUUCAGGUUGUUAAUAUUUAAGACACAUGCUGUUAUCGCAUGAAUGAAGAAAAAUGUUUUGGUCUAUAACGCUUUCAUAUAAUAUUUUAUACGGUAUACAUAUGUUAUAUAUAUAUGCGUGUAAAUACUGGUUUCUAAAUAUAAUAAAUGAAAUAUAUUCAAGUAGUGAUAACCAAUAUGCAGAUAAAUUUGCAUUGGAACCGUAAAGGUAUGUUUAGCUAUGUUAAAACACAUUUAAACAAAUUAUUGUUUGUUUCUCUCUAACAGUAAGGAAGUAAUAACUGUAGUUGAUUUUGAGUUUGGACAGUCUUUAUGAUAUCAUAUUUUGACACAUUUUGUAAAAGCAUUUAUUUGUAUUGAUGCCAUAAAGGCCACAUAUUGAUGUAUGGUCGGACGAACUCACCGCACAUAUCUUUCCGAAACUGCAAAAAACCUUGUUAUUUAGUAAAGCGACCGCUCCUCUUUCAACAAAAAUUUGGAAUAAGUCAGUUCGAAUAUAUUUACUAGGUUAAAUGCUUCAAAAACACAAAACAAUUGUAACAAUGCUCUUUGGAACUCUAUAUAAAUGAGUGUUUUGUGGAGAAUCACGCUUCAAGACUUUCACUCUUAAUUUUGUUUUAAAGUUAAAACUUGUUGCGGUUUUGCUCGUUUAGGGCCAAAAUUCGUGAAACAAAAAAAUGAAAAGGUGUGUCCAUAAAGGAAUGUUAUGCUAAAUAGUGAAUGUUAAAUUCAAAAUCUUUGAUGAACUAAUUGUUCAGCUUAUGUUAAACGAAAGAAAUGCAAACAUGUAUGUUCUUGUCAAAUAUUUAGCACACUAAAGUCUAUUGUCUUAGA